UUUGUGACUUGACAGAUGUGUGGAUUGUAAAUUGUAUGAUUACAGAAGUUAAUAAAAUAUUCUUGUAGUGUUAUAAGUGAAGUGUUGUGAUCCUGAAUUUAUUGGUUAAAAUGCCAUCAAAACAGAGAAAAAUUGCAAUGAUGGGAUAUAGAUCUGUCGGUAAAUCAUCUCUGAUUAUACAGUUUGUGGAAGGACAAUUUGUCGAUUCGUAUGAUCCUACUAUAGAAAACACGUUUACAAAGUUCAUCCGGCUCAAUUCGACAGAAUAUGAAGUGAAAUUAGUUGAUACAGCUGGACAAGAUGAAUACAGCAUCUUUCCGCUUCAGUAUAGUAUGGAUUUUCAUGGAUAUGUUUUGGUUUACUCCAUAACUUCGAGCAAAAGUUUUCAAAUAGUACAAAUAAUAUAUGAUAAGCUAUUGGAUAUGGUAGGAAAAAUACAUGUACCUAUUGUACUCGUUGGCAACAAAACAGAUUUACAUUUAGAAAGAAAGAUAAGUACAGAGGAAGGAAAAAGAUUAGCUGAAAAAUGGAAUGCAGCCUUUGUGGAAACAAGUGCUAAACGUAAUGAGUCUGUAACGGACAUGUUUCACGCGAUGCUGUCCGAGAUCGAACGAUCAGAUGGACACAUGCCCGAGAAGAAUGGAUGUGUUGUUUCUUAAUGAAAACACUCUAAGGACAAUGUGCUUAUUUAUGCUAAAGUGAAUUAAAUUAUUGAUAGUUUGUGCACAGCUAAUGUAAUAGCAAUAAUUGAUUUUUAACGAGCAACCGUUUCAGAGUUUACUGUGAAUGUCUCGUCAACGGGUUGUCUAUACUGACAUGCAUCGCACCUCAAGUGAUAUGUGUGACAAGUGUUCACAAUCUGUUCAAUGUGACCACCUCUUUAUAUUUAAAUUCGUCUUAGUAAUGACUAUAUUUUGUUCUUUUACCUCAUAGAUAAUAUAUUUUACUUUUUUUUUUUUUGGUAACUUGAUGCAAAAUUUUUAACUGUAAUUUGCACAAUAUUACAAUAAGAUCAUACAAUUCAGGUUUCGGUUUCCUAAUAUUGUUAAAAAUAUAUUGUAUCAAAAGAUUCAACGUUGGCAUAUUUUUAUAACACAAAAUUACUAUGUAAAUAGAUAUUUGUAUAACUAUUGGCGAUAAUUAUACAUUAGGAAAUUAUCUUAAAUAGUCAAUCACACUACAAAUAGAAAUAAUAAUGAAAGGUAAUGACUACGUCUCGUUAUAUUUGAUAUAAACAAAACAUUGACAAAAAUAAAUAUAAUUUUGGUAUGUUCUAUCCGGCAUAACGAAUGUUUUAACUUUUGAUGUUAAAAUUUAACGAAACGAAUUUUGUCAAAUUAUUUUAUGAUUCAAUGAUAAAUGGAUUUACUUAUUUUCAUUAUACCUCGCGUAUUAUUAUAAAUAAUUCGAUAUCGUCGAUUCGAUAUUAUUUAUAGUGUUAAAUAACCAUUACUAUUAUUGUAUCAACGUGAAACGAAAUUAUCGCCAAUAUAUUAUCGACAUCUAUGAGCAAGCAUUACCACGUAGUUGCCACAUUACAAAAUAGAUGACAUUGAUUAAAUAAAUAUAGAUAUAAGAUAACUAAGGUGUAGGAGAAUUAAUUGAAAUUGUGUGCGAACAAAACCGAUAUAAUGCCUUUGAAUUUGUGACGGUAUACAUAAAAAGUUUAAUUUUAAUUUUGCACCUGUGCUUUAAAGCGACGGAGGAACUUGUCCUUUUAGCUUGAGCGCAAUUGUUGUUGCUUUAAUAUGGUAACAUUAUUGAUAAUGUGUUCAAAUAAACUACGAAUGAUGCGCGAUACUACCAAAUAGUAGAAAAUGUCAUUCAAAAGCUUAGAUAUCGCUUUUCUUUAGAAUUUCGACUUUAUUCAAGCUGCGUGUUCACCAAAGGAAAAUUGGCAAGUUCUGUGUCAUCAACGCUGGUUGAAGACAAACUUCCGUUAUCUACAAAAAAUAGAUACAAUGUCGUUUAAUAUAAAUUGUUGAUUACUUUUUGAGGAAGUGCGAACAGAAAUUGCCAAUUAUUUCUGUGAAAACAAACCUUUACACGUCUUGCUUAAUACAUAGCGAAUAGUAUAAACAGAUUUACACUAUUUUCUAGACAUAGUUAGUUUCUAUUUGUAAAGUUUUUGUAGAUGUUACAUUUUUUCUAUUUUUAAUAAAAAAAAAGCAUUUAGAAACAAUUAGGAUAUAUUUUAGCUUAAAUAGCGGUAGCCUGUUGAAUGUAAGGGUUAACAGUUUUUACUACAUAGUAAAUUAAAGUUGAAAUAUUUGAGGAGCUCCAAAUUCUAGCUAAAGGAACAAGAUUUAUUCAUCAUCACUGUCUUUUGUGUAUUUUUAUAAAAUAAUUGUAUGCAAUUAACUUCUUAAUUUGUACGUACAGUACAUACAAAAAUAUAUUUCUAAUUUCUUACACCGGAAUUCCAAAAAUUUUAAUGGAUGUAUUUUUUUGUUGUAUAUUUUUGUGUAAAUUAUUAUGUUUAGGCUUGUAUUUGUGGAUUAUGGACAAUUUAUUUUGAUGAAAGAUAAUGUUUCUUUGUUUUGGAAUCAUAUUAGAUUAUCUUCUUUUUUGCCCCAAUAUAUUCCCGCUCUCGAAUGAUAUAAAUAUAUCUUAUGAUUUGUACAUAGAUAACUAAUUUAUUAAAAAUCAGAAAAUUUACUUCUUUUUACAAUUGCACAGAUUAAUAAGAAAUAGGGGCAUUCUCUUUUUAUAUAUUUUAAAAUGUAUGUAUAUGUGUGAUGAAGAAAAGUCAUCUUUAUUAUAUUUCUCUUUAUUGUUCAGACUUUCGAUUUGUGUUAUUUUAAGCUUGUAUUUAUAAUUAGUUUAGUGUAAAUUUGAAUGUGUUCCUUUUUUGUUACCCUUAUCAGUUAUCGGCCAUACUUAUAAAACAACUAAGCGACUGUUUAGAUAAACACUGAUUUAUCUCUUUCUGUCAUUCUAGAUUUCACAUUCGAAAGAAGAAGACAGCAUUGUUUAACUAAUCACAGCUAUACAAUGUUUUUCAGUAAGGCCUAAUGUGGUAAAAAGGGUAACAUGCUUCAUCGUCGCCUCUAUAGAUAUCUACGUCAGAUGUUUUCGUCUUUUGUUCUAUUAACAAAAUAAUAGUAAAUAUAUGUGUAAUUAUGUUUUAAAUCCAAGUAUAAAAUAUUUUUUUACAUAUGCUCGGCAGGAUCGAACUAAUUCUAUUUGGAUUAAAUAAUUAUAAAAUAUAUUUAAAUGAUAUAUUUCCCAUUUAGUACUUAAUGAUCUGAUCACAUUUAGGCACAAAAACAACUUUCUAGACCAGCGAUACUCAACCUUUUCUUUAUAAGGCCACAAACACUCGUUAGUCAUGGUGUCGCGGGCCUCAAAUAUAAAAUAUUUAGGUAAUUAAACAACUAUGAACGGAUUUAUCGCGUAUAUUUCAAAAUAAAGUAACAUCAAGUGGGCCAACCACAAAAGGUUGAGUACCUCUGUUCUAGACUUACGUUGCCUAAGAACUCAAUAUUACUUUCUACCGCUACCCAUAGCGACAUUGACCACGGUUAGUUAAAAAAUAAUAAUAAUUAUGUAAUCUGUUUUCAGUGGGAUUUUUCUUAUCCCAAAAACGUAUAUGAUGAUGUUUUUUUUUUUAUCUUACCGUCAGAUUUUGAAACUAUGAGCAGUCGGAAUAUAUAUUUUAACUAAAUACUGUACGCACAUUGGUCGCCUAUUGCGUCAUCAGCUGUCACUGACAAUUCACUUAUUCAUCAUUCAGACUAAAAUGAAAUAAUGAAUCUGAUUAUAACGAACAUUUCAGAAACUUGAGGUCAGUGUAAUAAUUUAAUAAAAAGAAUGACACUUCGAAAGGAUCACAUAAAGUUAAAAAUUGCGGAGGGAAGUUAUAUUGCGCACUCCUUCUUAAUUCAAAAUCAAAAUCCGUUCUUAGUGCGUCUGUAUUACAAAAUAGAGAAUGUCUAUGGUUUAUUAAUCUAGCUGUGCGUUGAUAGUCGGUUAGUUGGAACAUCUUACGGGCCUUUUAUAUGUGUAGACGAUUUGAUUGAACCUAAAAUGAAAACCAUGUCGUAGGUAAUAACUCAUUUCAAACAGCUUUAAAUGGAUACGAAUUUUUUCUCUUCGUUGCUAUAUAUCGUGUUUGACGUCACGCUUAGCUUAUAAAUAUAGCUUGUAAUUAUGUACAUAAAUUUUAUUUUUAUAUUUUAGUAUGAUACAACAAUCGAUCCACAUUGUUGUUUGUAUGGCACAAUAUAAUUAAUAUACCUAAUUGUUGUUGUAAUAUACUUAUGCUUACAAGUUCGGAAUAUUUUUUUUUGAAAUACCAGGUUUCUGUUAAUAUAAAUACAAAUCACCUUUAUUAUGAAUAUGUUAGAUACUUUUAUUAAAAUAUUUUAUUUUAUUUGUAUAAAUAAUAAGUUCAGUCAUAGUUUUAAUUGUAAAAAAAAAUGUACGAAUACAGUGUAAUUAACAGCUUACCCUAUACGCCGAGGUACGAAUUGCUACCUAGGUUUCGAUUUUUUAUUAAAUAUAAAUGGAUUGAACAGUGUGUGUGUGCUAUAACUAGUAAUUCAAUGAGAAUGGGACUAAAAUAAAGUAAUAAUAUUGAAGACCGAAUUGCGUGGUCUAUGGUAAACUCAAAGUCAUUCAUCAGAUUUUAAAUUUUUACGUAAUUAUUAAUUUUGUAUGUAAUAAAAUUAUUAACAUUGUUUUUAUAAUGUAGUUUGUUACAGAUAAUAAAGACAAGGGUGACAUAAUACAUCAUAGGUAGGUGUAAUGUCAAAUUUAAUUUCUUUAAAAAACUAUAUUCCGGGUUAUUGCGUAUAAAUAUAGGUGUUGGAGUAAUAAAAUAAGUAUGUUUAGACAUUUUUUGUGUUGAUGUAUAUCCUAUAUAAUAUUUUUGUAUUAAUUGUUUUACAUAGAAUGUUAAUUGCAAGUGAAACAAGGUUAUUAGGUUUAUAAAAAAUUAAAAUAACAUUUUAACAACGAGUUAACAUUAAUUUCCCACUGCCGGGCUUAAGGCCUCGUCUCUUAUCGAGGAAACGAACACCAUGUAUACAAACAUAGUGAAAGGUAAUUGUUCACUAAGCCAUUGAUGCAAUUCCUCGGCGUAUGUUGUAGACUUUUUGUACAUAAAUGAUUACGUGGUUAAAUUAAAGAGCUAUCAAUAUUA